UCAAAAAGUUGCUUUAUCUCAAAAUACUCCUAUAGUCUCACAACAAAUUUCUACUUUUCUAUAUAUAGCAACUGCUAGAAUUAUUAUAACUUUAACUAGUAAUUUAAUAGCAUUAAUUUUUCUUCUUUAA